AUGAUUAUUCAACAUUAGAUCCCAUAUUUAAAAGAGUUAAUCUAGUUAGAAUUCACGAGUUAAACAAGUAAUAAUCCAUCUAUAACCAAACAUAUAAGGAUGAAUUCCAAGAUUAUAUAAAUAUUUAUAUAGAUUUGGUUCUUUAUAUUGGAAUAAAGUUUCAAAUUAUAAUAGUAAUCCUCUGAUUCCUGUAUUAGUGAAAUCAAGUGUGGAUAUAUAUACAUCUUUAAGUUAAGCCAUAAUAUUAGUAAAACAAAAGAAUGUGUCUGCUUCAUUUUUAAUGAUCAAAUAUAAUGGAGCAAGUAAAUCACUCAUUCCUUACAUAUAUUUAAUGGCUGGAUUAAGUUUACCAUAAAUAUAUAAGAUUCUAGUUAGAAUAUCAGAAUGAAUUGGAGCAGUAUUACUUUAUUGUUUUCUUCUUUUAUAUUAAUCUGUGAAGAAAUAUUAUGA